AUGGAUACAUUUUUGACUCCUGCGUCCUUCACGAGUGUCUUUAACUUGUUGUGGAACUGGAUGUGCGCCCAUGUUGCGAUCCCUGCUACUGUGACUCGUUCCCCAACUUCUUCCUCUUUGAAUCACAGCUCUAGUAAGUCCUUCUGGUACUCUCUCUGUGUCUUGCCUGCGACAACUAUCGCUGGCCAUUUCGCUAGGAAUGCUGCUUUGGCUUGCGCCCGUGUAGCUUUCUGCGAUGGGCCUAGGCCUGUCCACCACACAUCUGCAUCUGAGCCUGCAGAGAUGAACGUGCCAAGCAGCAAGGUCAUUAUCGCUUCAUCUGUGAUGUGGUUGACAGCGAUGUACACUUCGAGGCUUCAUAUAAAAUUAGCUGAGUUUUCGUCGUCGUGUCCAUGGAACAAGGAUGGGGAGUUUGCUGACGUUGUUGACAUUCUGGCUUUAAUUGUCUGUGCUUGCUUUGGUAUAGUGGUGGGUUUUACACUAGGCUUCAUUGACACUACUGGUGGCUGCGCUGAUGGGACGUUUCGAGUGCUUGAUUCUCUAGGGAUGGAUAGUGGUAUGCCUGUGUCCCACUGGAAAGCUGGGAGGAGUAUUGUGUUUGGUUCUGGUGCUUCGGGUAAUGAAUCUUCAUCAUCCUCUCUUAAGUACCUGCUGUCUUCACGAUCCGAGACUUCACGAUUCUCUGAUUCUUCUUCGUCUGCCGGGUCCCCUACUCCACCAUUAUUGGAGACCCGCAAAACCCUUCCUUUGGAAUUUCCCCACACUCCUUCACCAGACAACCCUUUCUUAGCCGCAACUCUGUUACUUCUCACACCUUCCCCCAGACAAUGUGUAGCCACACUCCCUUCGUUUUCUGGACCUAGAUUACCUGCUCUUCAGAUCCUGUCGCUUUCCGCAAAACCGUCACAAGUCCCGCUGACCGCACCCAUCUCAUUACCACUUCCGCAAAUCGCACCUGUCCAAAUGUCUACUUCAACCUACAGAAUGCCUCUCCAUGGCACCAAUGCCACACCUAAGUUUGACGGCACCACAACUCGUCUUCUUGCAUUCCUAGAAGAUGUUAGCCUACUUGGCAACCAUGCAAGCUUAGGCAAUGAAGCGCACAUCAAGGCCGCAAUCUGCUAUGCCCCCAUCGAAGAAUCCAAGACAUGGGAAAUGCUUGACGAAGCUGCAGGAACAAGUUGGAAGAAGUUCUAUGAUGCACUUAAGCUCCUGUACCCAGGAUGCGAGGGCGAUCACCAUUACACUCAGAAUGACUUGGAAAACCUCUGCGCAAAACAGUUGCAUAUCACUAUUCACAUGCACGACGAGUUUGGAGUGUACUAUCAGAGUUUCUUGAAGCUCUCUAAGUUCUUGAUAAUGAAGAAGAAGCUUGCUGAGCUUGAAUGCAACAAGCUGUUUUUGGAUGGUAUUCAUGAGACCACUAACACUAUCAUUCGCAGGCAUUUAGAGAUUAAAAUGGUAGAUCAUCAUUCGGACGAACCAUAUCUGAUGGACCAGGUGUACACCACAGCAGUAUUCUUGCUAUCCAGAACCAUGGUGGUUGUUACAACCAGUGUCGCAUCUCCUUUGCCAAGACAACUGACCCACACCACAACAAUGACAAUGGUUACAACAUCAGCACCAGCAGCGCAACCCUCUGUAACAGUAAUGCAGCCUUCCGGUGGCAUUGUUGUGAAAAAGGAAUACAACCUGCAGAGUACACUGUACGAGUGCUAUUUUUGUGGAGGUAAGAACCAUAUCGCGAAAUGGUGUAAUGUGCAUCAGGAGUAUAUCUCCAGCGGAAAGAUUAUUGAGAAUGAGGGAAAAGUAUACAUGCCUGAUAGUAGUGGAAUCCCCGGAUCUCAGGAAGACAGAUACUUUAAGCAGUGGAUAGACAAAUAUGUGGGUCAGACACCGGUAACCAGAGCUAACACUAUUCAGGUACAAGCCAAACUGUAUUACUGCGCCGCACUCAACAUCGAGAUCAUUGCAGAAAUUGAUUCAUCAGCAUUCCUGCACACCUGCACCAAUGAGGAAUACGUCGCGUUCACCGCCAAGUGUGCGAGAAGGUCAAACAAGGGUAAGACUGCGAGAUUCGAAGGCAUUGAAGUACCGCUGCAUCCAAAACCAGGUCCAUUGUCAAAAGUCACGGAACAAGUGGAAGAGAUUGUGUCUCCAGAGGUAAGAGAAGCCAAGGCCAAGAAGGUACCCAAUCCCGGAACAGUAGUUGUCAAACCGGCAAUGAAGGCAACAACCGCAACUUCAGUUGCACCAGUUGCAUCAACAUUGAUGGCUACCCUGGCAACCCAGACUGCGCAAUAUCACUAUGCAUUUCCGCUGGAAGACAGGGAAGCAGAAAAAUGUGUUAUGGACAGAAUCCUGAACAUGGACGUCAAUGUUCCCAUCUGGGACCUCACCGCAUCAUCGUCGGACAUUCGGAAAGCAUUGAAAGACCUGACAACAUCGAAACAUGUCAUGGUAGGUAUGGUAUCAGUCAAUGAACUCAGCAGCCUGCCCCAGAUGGAACAAUUCCUGAAGGGGUGGGACAAGCAUAUGAAAAGGGCUAAUGACGGAUGCAUUGUCGCCAACCACUUUAAAGCAUUAUGA